AUGGCGGAAACUCCAAAACGAAAAAAGAAACAAAUUUCGAUCGACAGUAGGUCUAACCGCGUAGAACUAGGAGUUGGUAGCUAUGGAAACGUAUUUAAAGGGAAGUACAAGGGCCGUCCUGUCGCAGUUAAGAGAGUUUUACUACAUUAUUACAGCCAAAAUGAAGAAGAGGCCAUGCUAAAAUUGGAUCAUCCGAACAUCAUCAAACUUCUUCAUUGUGAAAGUGACAACGAUUUCAGAUAUUAUGCAAUGGAAUUGUGUGUCGCUUCGUUAGAUAAGCUGUUCCUGCAAUCAGAUCACCCACAAAAAUACAACGGAUCUAUGCCCCGUCAUAUUGAAGUUUUCCAUCAAUUAGCUUCAGGUCUCGAACAUAUCCAUUCAAAGAACCUAAUUCAUCGAGAUAUUAAACCGGAAAACAUUCUCAUUUCGAUGCAAACCGACGGCCAAAAUGAAGAGAUAACAAUCAAAUGGGCAGACUUUGGACUGUCUAGAACAGUCAAUGAACGCGGCACAUUCACUAUGAAAAGCGGAAUCAAAGGGACAAAGAAAUGGUUCGCUCCCGAAAUAUUGAGACUUUUAGAGAGGGGCGAAGAAGGUCGAGGAGACGUCAGAAGCGACGUCUUUGCACUUGCCCUCGUCUUUGGAUGUCUAUUCUUGGACGGACAACAUCUCUACGGUUCUGCUCUAAAUAAAGACGAACUUGACAAACUAAACAAAAACAUAAUUGAAGGAAAACCAGUCAACAUGCAAAAAAUUGACGAAAAAUUACGCGGCCUGUACGAGAAUGAACUCCUUCAAAAAAUGUUGGAAGACGAUCCUAGCAAAAGAAUGACGUCAAAACAAGUUGUCGAUCAACUAAAAUAUAUCAAAGAAGAGCUUGCUAGAAAAGAGGAGGAAUUACGUCAACUAUGUGCUGGUGACAUACAAUUGGAACUAGCGGAGAAAAUCAAAGAUUUGAUCCGCCUCGGAAUCGAUGUAAACGCAAAGGACAAGGACGGAAAUAUUGCGCUUGAUUAUCUGUAUAAAAAUAGAUCAAGAAACCCCAACCAACAAGUGGCCGACGCCAUUACAAUUCUGGAAGCUGAAACUGUUACUCGGAGCACUAAACGGAAAGGUGAAGAACCCCAUGCAGAUGAAAAUGAGCAUAAAAAGCGUGGAUAAGCUACCAAAAUUCUAGCUGAAUAGAGCAAACAGUCAUGUCCUC